AUGUUCAACCCCACGUACCAUUUCCGUGUCUACCAAGUCUCAUUGUUCAAAGAUUAUUCAGAAGUAAAAGCAUACCUAGAAAACGCUUCUAAUAGAAAGAUCGUUGGGUUCUCCGCUGCCCGAUACGACAAUGUAGAUCAAGAAGGAUACAUCACUUUCGCCGCUACCACCCCUUGGACCACCGCUAUGAUCACUGCCGCAGAGAUUGUUCUUUGGGAGAUUGGGUCUAGAUACCAAGCUGUCAAGCAAUACACUGGCGAUGCGUUUCUUGCCCCUACAGCCUGA